UGUGGGGAGGAAAGUCGUUGCCAUUCGACCUCUGCGGGGCCUGCGCGGACGCAGCGAGAACCCUGAAAUUCAUUAUGCGUUUAAAACCUUUAUUUAUUUCCGCAUAACCUACAUACUCUCACCGGGAGGGCCAAAAGCGGAGAAAAGGAAACGACGACAGCCCCAUCUCUUUCGGGGAAAUACAAGCCUAUACAAUCACGUUAUAUAUUUUUUUGUCGGAUACUGUUGAGAAAGUGGAAGAUUCUUAGUUUAUAUUAAAGAAAAAUGUCCGGUGAGAGAAACCGCAGGACGCUCGCUUUCCGAGGAGGUGGACUGGCUGCUGGGUUAACGGGCUCCGGCAGCGGUGUCGGCGGGGGGAACUGUAACAGCUGGGAGGCCCCGGCCUGUCAAGACCGACAGUUUAACGGGACCAGGCCGGAUCAAGAAGAAGACCGGGAUCUGGGGGCGAAGGGAUCAUCGCAGAAGAGAGUGGAGGGCGCUGCUGGGUCUGUCAGCGAUAGCACGGAGGAACCCGAGGCGGAGGAGGAAGAAGAGGACCCGGAAGGGGGCAACAACUGGGCAGCCGGGGAAGGCGACGAUCACGAAGGGGAGGACGGGUCCAGGGAGGGAAUCGGCUUGACAACGGGGAACGGCGACAGUCAGGAGGAAUCGGGAAGCGGGAGUGCGAGUGGAGGCGAGACGGGAUCCAGGAAAUCUGGUGGUGUUGAGAUGAGACCGCAGACCCUGCUCCAGAAACACUCAUUAUUAUUCCACGCGUCGUGGCUGCAAGAAUUUCCAUGGCUUAAAUUCUGCCAGGAGACGGGACUCAUGUCCUGUUCUUGGUGUCACAAUAUCGCCACUAAAAACAGCGACGAGAUUGUCAAAGGCAGUCGUAACUACAAGCGGGCCUUGCUGCUGAGACAUCACCUGUCUUCUGAGCACGGGAGGAACGACCCAACCAAACAGGAGAUGGUGAGGCCCUCGGACAACGGCAGCCCCAUCAGCUCAGAGGAAGACUACCGCAACAAGCCCAAUGAGAACUCCUACUGUUACCAGCUUCUCCAGGAGCUGGACAAGCAGCGCAAGAGUGGCAUCCUCUGUGACGUCAACAUCGUUGUCUCAGGCCAGGUGUUCCGUGCACACAAGAACAUCCUGGUGGCUGGCAGUCGCUACUUCAAAACCCUCUACUGUCUGACCAAAGGCGAGUCCCCGGACCAGGCCACGGUCACGCACCUGGAUGUCGCUGCUGUGCAGGGCUUCUCGGUUAUCCUCGACUUCCUCUACUCCGGGAAUCUGCUGCUCACAAGCCAAAAUGCCAUAGAGGUGAUGUCUGUAGCCAGUUACCUCCAGAUGACAGAAGUUGUACAAUCAUGUAGGGCUUUUAUAAAGGAUGCCCUGAAUAUCAGCAUCAAGCAGGAGGCCCCCGAUUCAGUGGUGGUGGACUACAACAAGAGGCAGACGGUGGCCAAAGAGGGACAGAAAGGCCUGGACCGGAAGCCGAGCAACUUCUGGGCAACAAGCAUCCUGUCAAAGCUGUCCAUUAAGGCAAGCAACCACCAUGGAAAGGAAUCAAUGGAAGACGAAGAUGAGGGCUGCAAGAUGAAAGAAGAGAACAGCGAUAUAGAGGUGACAGUGGUUGGAAGUGAGGGCUGUGCCCUCAUGACCCCCGGAGCCUCUGGUAACUGGGUCCAUCACAACGACAACUCGUCUGAUUCAGCAGAGACCAAUGACACACGGGCAGCAAGUGGCCAGGUGUUCGUCUGGAACGAGCCAACCACAGGUGGUGCUGCAGCCGCGCCCGCAACAAUAAAGAGAGAAGCACCGGACGCUGCAGCUGGAAGUGGACGAAGGAAAAAACAGACAACCACGCGGCGUUUUGUGUACAACUUUCCACCCGAGCCUGAAGAGGGAUUCGACGAGGGAAUGUUCAUCCAGCCUUCGGCCUCCUACCCCAGAGAGGACUUCUCCUCCCUCUCUGAAAAUGCUGAGUUGGCCAAUCAGAUCCAGUAUAGCAUCAUCCAAGACUUACAGCAAGGGGAAUCCUGGGAGAAUGGCGAGUCCUCACACCUAGCCCUCAAUAAGCUCAAGUGCCCUCACUGUAACUACAUCGCCAAGCACCGGCGCACGCUCAAGAGGCACCUGAUCAUCCACUCAGGCGUGCGCUCUUUCAGCUGCGACAUCUGUGGCAAGCUGUUCACCCGCCGUGAGCACGUCAAGAGACAUUCCCUGGUGCACAAGAAAGACAAGAAGUACAAGUGCAUGGUGUGCAAGAAGAUCUUCAUGCUAGCAGCCAGUGUCGGUAUCCGUCAUGGCUCGCGGCGCUACGGCGUGUGUGCGGACUGUGCCGACUCACACCAAGCAACUCAGGAGGGCCUGGAGGGCAUGGACUUUCCACGGGAUGAAGACUUCGAGGGCGAGGAGGGGGAGGACAUGGAGGGAGAGGAACCCACCGACAACGACCAAUCAAACUGGGGUGAGAGCAACGCAGGUGCUGCCCCGGAAGAGGACUAAGAAUUUUAACAAGCUUGAGAAACAAAUAAAACAAAAAAGUUGAUGUUUAAUAUAUAUGUAUACAGAAAAAAAACCUAGCUGGUAAACAAUCAACUCCAAAGUGCUAUCAAACCAUGAGGUUACUUAAUUGUGCAAGUAUAUGACAAAGAGAUGGAUUUAAUGAAAAAACAAACAAAGCUUUGGUAGAGUGGGAACUCCAAGAUGUACAGAUUUUAUUAUUGUUCAAAAGUGUCCAAGUGUGGGCCAGCACCCACUAGAGAAAGAUUCUAACAAUGAAUAAUAUGAUAAAUCAGGUUUUUGGUGAUGUAUUUUUAUUUCCUUUUUUUGGGGUGGGAGUUGGGGGGCGGGGUGAUGUAGUUUUUUGAGUUGGGUUAGGCCAAUCAUCUAAAAGAGCGAAAUGUUAAUUAUUUAAUUUAUGAAGAGAGGUUAUUAUGGUCUUAUCAAAUGCUAUAAUUUUAUUUCUGUUGUUUUUGUCUGCAGGCAGAGGCGCAGUGAUAGCUGUAGCUUUCUGCACAAUCUGAACGUAUAGUGCUUGGUGCUUGUGCAAGUACACAGAAGAAGAGCAUAAUUGUCCACAGGAAGAUUUUGAACGUGCUCUGUAGAUCAUGUUUAGAUGCGCUAAAUAUUGUUAUAUUAUUCUUUUCUUCUUUCUUUUUUUUUUUUUCUUUCUUUCCCUGCACAGAUCUUGGAACCAAAAAAUCUGUUUUGUGACUCUAAUGUAUCGCAGCCAUAUUUAUGAUUAAUUUAAGAGGGCUGUGAUAUUGUGCCAAACAGACCGCACACCAAGAUUGAGCAGGAACAAAAACUACUGAAAACGCUUUAAAGAAAAAAAAACAGACGCAAGUUUUUUCGUUUUUGGAGCGGGAAAAAAAUACGGAUUUCAAGUACAAGGGGAAAUGUUAUUGCUAGCUUUAUACAAAUCACAGCGUCACAGUAACACUUUAUUAUUAUUAUUAUUAUUAUUAUUAAUAAACAAAAGCAUUUGACUUUCACUUAAAGCUUGAAUUUUGCCAAAUGAUGAAACGUUUGGUGCUGUAAUGCUUGUCGCAGAAUACUGGACCUACAGGCUAUAUAUGAUGUUUAUAAUCAUAAAGCUUAAACUGACUCAGUUAUACAUAUAUGUAAUCAGCUCGUACUAUAGAACACUGUUGUGCUACAGCGACUAUCAGGUAUGCUUUGCCAUUGUUUUUUAAGCUUCUAUUUUAUUAACUGCACACACACACACACACACACACACACACACCAUUUUGUAGAACUACCGGCAGUACUUGUUUUUGAAAUUCUAAGGACCUAAGUGGACAUCAAUACCUGUAUACGUUUGUUUAUAUUUGGUACUGAGUUGUUUAGUUAAUAAAGUUUAUAUAUUUUCAAUCACUUGAACCUUUUGGGUUUUUAGGGGGACGAAAGCGUGCAGGAAAUCAAGAUGUGGUAUUUUUAAGUCCAAAAAGAACUCCAUUUUUUUUUUUUUGACAUGUAAAUCGUUGAAAAUGUCAUCAGUUUAAUUUUAAUGUAAGUUUGUUCUUAUUUUUUAAAUUUUGUUUUUAGGGUCUGCCAGGUAGAAAUACACUUUGUUCAACAAGAAGUGAAGCUCUAUGGCGCCUCAUAGACAUGCACUUAAUGUUUGUGUUCAUGAGAAUCAUUUUUUCCUUUUGAUGUUUCUUCGCUUCCCCAAGAGAGGCGGGUCUGAAUGGAACUAUAUAUAAAAAAAAACUGUUGUGUCUUUUCUUCCAAUGAGCAACUUUUUUAUUAGACUCUUUGUUUUUCUGUUUUUGUUAUUUAAUAUUCUAUAUAUAUAUAUAUAUAUAUAUAGUGACUCCAAAUGCAAUCAAGACUGUUAAUUUCUAUUUGUCCAACCAAAUUUGUUGUUUUUAAUUAUUGUUGAGAUAUUAUUAUGUAUGCGAAAAAGCCAGGUGAAAACUUGCUUAGUGUAGAAAGUCCUUGCUCGUGUCUGUAAUUGUUGAGAUUUUUUAAAUGUCUUUAUGCUACAGAAUCAUUCACUUUACCCCCUAGAUGCAUAUUUCCUUUUUUUUUUUUUUUUUUUUUUAAAUCGAGUCCUUUUUCCACGGGUUGUCUCCGUUCUCCUUUGUUCUCUCAUUAAGCACAUAUUUUCUAAAGAAAACACACAGGAUUGUUUGCGGGUCAAAACCUUGGAACAGCAGUAAUCUGUUCGUAUGCAGUGAGCUCUAGAGUAUGUACUGAAGUGCUAAUGAAACAGAAGAUGUGUAACUUCCCUUUACUCUCAGUGGAAGAAGAUUUAUUUAAAGUCGUAGAGAUAUUCUGCCUCUUCGUGUCACUUUAACCUUCAAAUCACUGUGGGAGGGGUCAUAUUACACACACAUAUAUAUAUAUAUGUAUGUUGAGAAUAUAUAAGAUAAAUAUAUAUAUAUGGAGAAGAUAUUAUUUAACUAGUGGAUUAAAGUAAUGGAACACAUUGACAGUCAGCUAAGAACCCCUCGGCGUGGUGGUUUAUUUCCGUGAAUUUUAACCUUCUAUUUCCUCUCUAUUCACGCCGUGUGCUCGUUCAUCACGCCAUCUCGUUGUCUUGUUUGUUUUUUUGAUACUAUUUACCAUCCUACUGAUUUUACUGUACUGAAUGAAACUCAAACUAUGAUGUAUCAUUUUACGAUUUUAUGCUGUAUUUGUUAUAUGGACAACAAACAAAAAAAAAAACACAAAGCAAAAAACACUACAGAUGUCAAGCAGAGGUUUUUUUUCCCCAGCUGUAUUUUUUUACGCUGUCGCAGAUGGUUGUAUUUUUCAAUCUCUCUCUCUCUCUCGAACUUUAACAGUGAUGCAAAACUCGGGCCGCGCCUCAGUGCCCUUUCUGAACACAAAGCAAAUUCAGGUUACUCUUUUUACGUUUUUAUCAAAGGUUUUGAAAGAUGGAACUACAUUCUCCUCUUUUCUGUCUGAAUUGUACUACUGUUCCUCUCUAUACUACAUUUUACGAAUAAAACUUUGAUAUUGCUUUAA